AUGGAGCGAAGAGACAUUCCAAGACGACGGCCAAUGCUUCAACUAGACCAACCCAUUUCUUCUAUCAGAGUGAAAAAUAAAGCUGCUGAUGAAGCGAGGAAAUGUCAAGAAUCAAAAAAUGCAUUACAACAGCUUCUCGGUGAAUACAGUGAGAGUGAAGAUGAAGAGGACGUCGAGGAUUCACAGACAGAGUCUUCGCCCGCGGAAAAGGCUGAAGUCGUUUUCCGAAAAUCGUCACUCGACCUCCCGAUAUCACCGCAAACUCGCCCUCUUUCCACAUCCAAACAAUCGAUCGCGAUGGAUCAAUCCGAGGAUAGCAUAGAGAUCGCCUUGAAAAACUUCAUGUCCGAGAUCAACGCUCUCCCCGUCACCUCCAUAAGCAACGACUCCUCGGUGGUGACCGAUGAAUUUGGUGUCAACUCGAAAAGGUCCAAAUCAAAGAAAGAUGAACAAUCCUCGCAAUCUCCACUUCACGUAGGAGGGUGGCAACAAUACUGGAGUCAUGAGAAUAACUGCUACUACUAUUACAACAGCAAGACUGGUGAAACUCAAUGGGAAAUUGAUGUGCUAAAAGGUGUUUCUGAUCCCAUCACAUGCACGGCAAUCUUAGGCGAAGGCGAUAAUUUGAAGACGGCUUCUAGCGACAGUUUGGGUCCAGUGCACAGCAUGAGCUCGUCUCAAGAAGAUCUCAACCGAGAGGCCGAUAACAUUAACAAGUUAUCAGCAAUCGGUCGAAGAGAUGAGCCCAAUAUCGUCACCUCGCUAACCGCACCGCCGUCCGAUUCUCCGCUACACCUUCGUUCGCGGGAUGUCUACGGAAGACUUUCGGGUCUCAUCCCUCUGGCAACGCACAUGAAACUUGAAAGGCAUCAAAUUGAGUUCGCCACGAGAUUAUACGACUGGCAAGUAGGAGCUUUGAACAGUUAUUAUUUCGAGAAAACCAUCUUGGAAAGAUUGGAAACGUUGAUUCGAAGUAUCGAAGAGCAGAUUUCACCAACGGGUUGGACGUGCAAAUGGAAUUCCGAUAGUCAACAACAUAGUUGGAUGCACCUAAAGACGAAUCAGAUUUCACUCACAUAUCCAAGCCCCGAUUUGAUCACAAGCCUCAACACACUUUCGGAGAGCUCGGCAUCGACACGUCCACCCCUACCACCUCCACCGCCCCCACUGCCCCCGCUUCCGCAUCAGAUUGGAGUCGCGGCAGACAACUCGGAAUCGUCGGACGAUGAUGGCGCCGGAUCUGCAACGGGUUCGCGGCAAGGUGCGACCAGUGUAAAUGACAGGAAGCGAAAGAAAGAAAAGGAGGUGACGAGUUCUGGGUUCAAGAACAAAAAGAUGGCAACGCUCGUUGAGAAAUGGAAGGCGGCCGAGGAUUUCCUUGCCAACACCGAUUGGGAGGAGGUUAGAAAGCAACAGAAUGGAACCUAUCCCAAAGAUCCGGAGGUAUGGGUCAAGGAGCAGAUAGAAUCAGGGGAGGCCUCGAAUAAUCCAAAUUUUGAGCCAAUAAAGGGCGACUGGCGGCAAAGAAUCCGGAACAGGAAACUAGAGAAGGGAGAAUCUUUUUAA